GCCCAGGGGUCCGUCCCCCUGGCCGGCCCCGACGCCCUCACUGCCCCGCGUGGGCCGGUCCAGGGCGCCGGGCCGCGUCCUCUCCGGGGCCUCCGUGGGAGGGACGUGGGACGCUGGCGGCUCGGGCUCCGUGCUUGCGGCUGACGCUGCCCCUUAAUUGUUCGGAGCGUUACCGGCCCGGUAGCACGUCCCACCAGCCGGUUUCACUGUCCGGAGCUGCGCCGUGUUACCCAUCCUGCUUUCACAGGAAGACUGGAUUCGCUGCAGAAAUGACUUCCAUGGGACUAAAUGAAGAGCAGAAAGAGUUUCAGAAGGUGGCUUUCGACUUUGCUGCCCGGGAGAUGGCGCCACACAUGGCAGAGUGGGACCAGAAGGAGCUGUUCCCAGUGGACAUGAUGCGGAAGGCAGCCCAGCUGGGCUUUGGGGGGGUCUACACGCGCACAGAUGUAGGAGGGUCUGGACUGUCACGCCUCGAUGCCUCUGUCAUCUUUGAGGCCUUGGCCACCGGCUGCACCAGCACCACUGCCUACAUAAGCAUCCACAACAUGUGUGCCUGGAUGAUUGAUGCCUUUGGAAGUGAGGAGCAGAGGCACAGAUUCUGCCCCCCACUCUGUGCCAUGGAGAAGUUUGCUUCCUACUGCCUCACCGAACCAGGGAGCGGGAGUGAUGCCGCCUCCCUCUUGACCUCGGCCAAGCGACAAGGAGAUCAUUACGUCCUCAAUGGCACCAAGGCCUUCAUCAGUGGUGGAGGCGAAGCGGACACCUACGUGGUCAUGUGCCGAACAGGAGGGCCAGGCCCCAAAGGCAUCUCCUGCGUGGUUGUUGAGAAGGGGGCCCCUGGCCUCAGCUUCGGCAAGAAGGAGAAGAAGAUGGGGUGGAACUCCCAGCCAACCCGAGCGGUGAUCUUUGAAGACUGUGCUGUCCCUGUGGCCAACAGAAUUGGGGCCGAGGGCCAGGGAUUCCUCAUCGCCAUGCAAGGACUGAAUGGAGGAAGGGUCAACAUUGCGUCCUGCUCCCUCGGCGCCGCUCACGCCUCGGUCAUCCUUGCUCGAGACCACCUUAAGAUCCGGAAGCAGUUUGGAGUGCCUCUGGCCAAUAACCAGUACCUGCAGUUCAAGCUGGCCAACAUGGCAACCAGGCUGGUGGCCUCACGGAUGAUGAUCCGCAGUGCAGCGGUAGCUCUGCAGGAGGAGCGGGAGGACGCGGUGGCCCUGUGCUCCAUGGCCAAGCUCUUUGCGACCGAUGAAUGCUUCACUAUCUGCAACCAGGCACUGCAGAUGCACGGGGGCUACGGCUACCUGAAGGACUACGUGGUUCAACAGUACGUGAGGGACACCAGGGUUCAUCAGAUCCUCGAAGGACGCCCUGCCCUGUCGCCGCGGGCUGGUCACUGGAGACCCCACUGCUGCUCGCUGCCUCAUUUCUGGAGGCUCAGGCUGAGAAGCAUUUUGGAAACUGCAGCAAGGACUGCUCUUCACUGUUAUGAAAUGCUAGGCCCUCGGGGCCCCAGAACCUCUGUACAGUAAUCUGAAGGGCAGACGCGAGCCCGGGUGAUCUCCUGCAGCCCUGCAGGUUGGCCGUCAGCAUUGCCGAUGGGUCUUUCAGUAAAUACACUGCAACACGGCCAUCUUCCUGGUCCUCGCGGACACUCAGGCGGGAGGCGUGUGAGCUGCAGGAGUCAGGCUCCGCGUGCCUUCUCCCCGCCGUGCCGGUUUUCGGGUCUUGAAGUCAUGUGACUGUUGUUCCUGCUAGUAGGGAGCUGGGGUCGAGACACUGCAGCAGAAGCAGGUGGGGCCGAGGUUGUGGAACCAGCUUUCAGUGAAGGCAGGUAGGGGGCGUCAGAGACACCCGAGCCUCCGCCUACCUGCCACUUCCCAGGCAUCCACCCAAACCUGGGCUCUCGUCAGAGCCCUGGGAAGGCUGGUGAGCGUGGGCUGUGGGCCUGACCCCCGGCGUCUGCCUCCACGGGCGGUGGGGCCUGGGAAUCUGCAGCUCUGACGAGUGUUCGCUGAGGCUGCUGCGGCCUGCGUGGGGCCACACUCAGACCCACCCCCCGUGUCACAGCCAGAGUGCAGACUUCUCAGAGCCGGCGUCUGCCCUCUGCCACAGACCUUGCCCUCGCGGGCGCUGACUGUGCUUCCUUCCAUUACUGCAGUAGUAGUAACCCUCUCACCCCGCGCCGGUGAGCGCAGGGACCCUCACUUCCUUCUCACUCUGUCUCUCAGCCCUGUUGGAGUAAACGGCCCCACCGUCACCCGCUUGUAGAAGACUAGGGGCGCUCGUCUUUGUCGCUUGUUCACUGGGGACUUUGCUACGGGAUAAAUGGGAAAUUUCAGAUCUGAUUAUUAGAGUCGCGGGAGGCUGCUGUACAGAUGAACUGGGCAGCUGACCACCUCCUGUCAGGGAAAAUGUUUUAAAAUCCAAUUUUCUGAUUACCAAAGAUGUUGGUGUAUUUAUUGUUGAAAACGUAUAAACAUAGGAAAACUUA